GGCGUGUAGCAGCUGCCACUGGAGAGGAGGGGCGCCGCUGUCGGCCCGUCUAAACCUUCACUGCUCCCCGCUCCCGGCCGGAGCCCGGCACCCGGUCGCCUCGUUGCGCUCGGCCCCGAGGGCAUGCAGCAGCCGCAAGGGCCCCCGCUCCCGGGCUCGGCGGCGGGCGAGCGUGAGCGCACCUUCACCUAGAGCUGCGGGCUUCUUGGGCAGAGUUUCCAAUACACAGUGCCUUGAAGAAGACAGAAGUUUAUUUUUCUCUCUUGUUGACAGUCCUGAGGAUGUUCGGUUCUUCUCCACAAUGAAUGAGUGUUACUAUGAUAAGCGGAUGGACUUUUUUUAUAAUAGGAGCAACACAGACACUGCCGAUGAGUGGACAGGAACGAAGCUUGUGAUUGUUUUGUGUGUUGGAACAUUUUUCUGCCUGUUUAUUUUUUUUUCUAAUUCUCUAGUCAUCGCAGCAGUGAUCAAAAACAGAAAGUUUCAUUUCCCCUUCUACUACCUGUUGGCUAACCUAGCUGCUGCAGAUUUCUUUGCUGGAAUUGCCUAUGUAUUCCUGAUGUUUAACACUGGCCCCGUUUCAAAAACUUUGACCGUCAACCGCUGGUUUCUCCGCCAGGGGCUCCUGGACACUAGCUUGACCGCCUCUCUGACCAAUUUGUUGGUUAUUGCUGUGGAGAGGCACAUGUCAAUCAUGAGGAUGCGGAUCCACAGCAACCUGACGAAAAAGAGGGUGACGCUGCUCAUUUUGUUUGUCUGGGCCAUUGCCAUCUUUAUGGGGGCGGUCCCCACACUGGGCUGGAAUUGCCUCUGUGACAUCUCUGCCUGCUCUUCCCUGGCCCCCAUUUACAGCAGGAGUUACCUCAUUUUCUGGACUGUGUCCAACCUUGUGGCCUUCUUCAUCAUGGUUGUGGUGUACCUGAGAAUCUACAUGUAUGUCAAGAGGAAAACCAACGUUUUGUCUCCACAUACAAGUGGGUCCAUCACCCGCCGAAGGACACCCAUGAAGCUAAUGAAGACGGUGAUGACUGUCUUAGGGGCCUUCGUCGUGUGCUGGACCCCGGGCCUGGUGGUUCUGCUGCUGGAUGGCCUGAACUGCACGCAGUGUGGCGUGCAGCACGUGAAAAGGUGGUUCCUGCUGCUGGCGCUGCUCAACUCGGUCAUGAACCCCAUCAUCUACUCCUACAAAGACGAGGACAUGUACAGCACCAUGAAGAAGAUGAUCUGCUGCUUCUCUCAGGAGAGGAACCCGGAGAGACGCCCCUCCCGCAUCCCCUCCACCAUCCUCAGCAGGAGCGACACGAGCAGCCAGUAUAAGGAAGACAGUAUCAGUCAAGGCACGGUCUGCAACAAGAGCAGUUCCUAAGCUGUGGGUGUCCCUGUGCCCACCCAGGCCUCCUCUGGGAGAGGAGCUGUUAAGAAUGGCUGCCUGCCUCUGACAACACCCACCUACAGUGUUAUUUGAGGUCUAAAUUAAUCACUGGCAGAUUUUUUAAAAAUCACUUUACAUAGUUUAAAAGCAUGAGCAGUAAAGAGGGGACACAGCGCGUUUAGAGAAAAUGCACAAAAGAGGGAAGACAGCACAGCAGAUUCCUGAGUGAUGUCCUGUGAACCACUCAGAGGACCAUUCUGGGCCCUGCCGCCAUCUUGUAGCCAUUCUCUUUGUGCUUUAAAAGGAUGUUGUUCAAGGGCUUAGACCAAGAUAAAUAACGAUGUUACUUGAGCCACUUGCUAUAGCUGCUUGGAAAGACUAUGUAGUUCUCUCUGCAUGCAUUUAAAAUUUUUUAAAUGCUUCAGCUAUAUUUGUUUCCUCAAAGAAACCGUGGCCAGUAGCUAGGUGUUCAAUAGGAAUCUCAGAAAAACAAAUCAGUAAGGGCUCCAGAUUAGACUUGAUUUUUAAAUGAAAGAACAUUCUGAGGAAGAAGAUUUACUUAGAAA